AUGGUUGUCAGAAAAUUCCGUUCCAGCACACGAAGGCUUUACAAGGAUCCUGGGAGAGACAUUAUCAGCCAGCAGAUUCUCAGUGAAGAUGUUGCCGAGAAAUUGGUUUCUGAGUUUAUCAACCGCCUGGGGCACGUCAUACAGAUCCAAUCGGUUGCAGACCUCACCUCUGCCCCGACCAUCAGACAAGCCUCUCCCCUGCUCUAUGCGGUGUGCUGCCUCCAUGGACUACGCCUCUGCAAAGACCCAGACUUGCUCAAUACCAAUGACCAUCGCCAGUUGUACGAAGAAGUCCGAGAGAUGCUCGGUCAGGUGGUUCUGGCAAGCCCAAUCCCGCUGGAGGAGUUAUAUGCGCUGCUGAUCAUGAGUGUCUUUGAAGCCGCACCCCGACCUGUGUUUGAAUAUAUUGAAAGUUGGCUUCUAAGUGGCAUCUGCUUCCAACAAGCUAUAUCCACCAUCGACUUUGCCCAGAUCAUGGCCAAUCUGACUUUGGGAAAGCAUGAAAGCAAAGACAGGAGAUGUCUAUCCCUGUGGAACAACAUUUGCCUGGUUAAUCUAAGAUUUGCCGUAGGGACAGGCAAGCCUGCUACGGUGCCUUCAGAACUCAUCGACCAAUGCCCCGCCAUUCUCAACCACCCUGAAGCUACACCCGACGACGGAAUAAUAUUGGCCGAAAUUCUUCUGCUCUCAUCAUUGUGCAAUAAGCAAAUGCCACCGUCACUGGACCGUGAUGGUCAUUGCCAUGUAUUGACUGCAUGGGAAGAACGAUGGAAACAUCUCCUUUCAUCCCCAAAAGCUAUUUCCCUGAGGUUCUGUCGUGAAUUUGCGUACCUUGUGCUAGCGAUGCGUUCGGUCGAGACAUAUCGAUCGAACACAGCGAAUCAGCCUACAGUCCCGGCGAAUCCAAGUUCGUCAUACGACACGCCCCCCCUUGCCGGUGGUGCCCCAGACCACGACCAGAUCGAUCUCCAUCUUCUUUCCGAUUGUUUCCAAGCACAUGCGCAUAAGCAUGCUCUUUCUCUGGCGAGGGUUUUUCUGGAAAUACCGACCACUCUUGUCCAGGAACUCCCCAAAUUCCACCACAUUUGCACCGCCUAUUGCACUCUUGUGUUGUCUGAAUACGCCGACAAGACCGAAAUUCCGCGCAGGGACGUUUUCCAGACUCUCAGUGACGUCUUCGACCACUAUUGUCGAUUCUCUGAUGAAAUUCCCGCGGUCAUGAACGUUGCCAUGGAGAAAAUGAGGCUGAGUCUGGGACGAGACCUGGCUUCCAAGCGACAGGAGCAGAAUCAACCAUGCCGCCAGUCCACCGCUUCUACUCCAAUGGAAAUCUCAAAUGAUCGGCGCACACACGCAACAAGUGCAAAUCUUUCUGUCGAUCCCAUUGAGCUCGGCCGAGACUUCAACAUGGAUGAGUUUGAUCAUGACAUGGAUCUUUCAUCAUUUCCGACUGUAGAGGACUUUUUUGGAAAUUGGAUGAUGGAUGUUGGGGGCGAAUAUCCCGAUACCUCACUCCAAGAUUGA